CCGGGCCUCUGGGUCGCGGGCGCCUCAGCGAUGUUUUACUCAGGGCUCCUCACCGAGGGCGGCCGCAAGGAGACCGACAUGCGGGAGGCAGCGUCGCUGCGACAGCAGCGCCGGAUGAAGCAGGCGGUGCAGUUCAUCCACAAGGACUCCGCCGACCUGCUGCCCCUGGACGGCCUCAAGAAGCUGGGCUCGUCCAAGGACACGCAACCUCAUAACAUUCUGCAGAGGCGCCUCAUGGAAACCAACCUGUCUAAACUCCGAAGCAGUCGUGUCCCUUGGGCCUCGAAGACCAACAAACUUAAUCAAGCUAAGUCUGAGGGGCUAAAGAAGUCUGAGGAUGAUGACAUGAUUUUGGUUUCUUGCCAGUGUGCUGGAAAGGAUGUGAAAGCCUUGGUUGACACAGGCUGUCAAUAUAAUCUCAUCUCUUCAGCUUGUGUGGACAGAUUGGGACUCAAGGAGCAUGUCAGAUCUCGUAAGCAUGAAGGAGAAAAGCUUUCUCUACCCCGGCAUCUCAAAGUAGUGGGCCAGAUUGAGCACCUAGUGAUCACACUGGGUUCCCUCCACCUGGACUGCCCAGCAGCUGUGAUUGAGGACAAUGAGAAAAACUUGUCUCUUGGUCUCCAGACUCUCCGAUCCUUGAAGUGCAUCAUAAACUUGGAUAAGCACCAGCUGAUCAUGGGGAAGACAGGCAAGGAAGAAAUCCCUUUUGUGGAGACGUUUUCUUUGAAUGAAGACAACACUUCAGAAGCAUAACUACAGCCUGCAGCGUGUCUGCAUGUGUGCACAUAUACCAGGUUGACAGAGUGAGAAAACUGGGGUUGAACCAAAUGCAGUAGCAACUUGCUGUGGACCAAGUCCUUCCCUCUGAUAGAAGCUCCAGGGGCUCCUUCCCACUCAGACCUUUCUAGACUAUAGUCUGUGCUUAGAGAUCUUGUCUGGUUAUAGGCAUUGUUUUCUACUCCUUUAAUUUCUUAAUUUAUAGACCCUUUUUGACACUGCCAGGUCUCACUUGUGACCUAUUUCUCUGCUUCUUCCAGGAAUUUGCUUUUAUUAGUCAAGUAGAGGAGCUUCCAGGUUCUUUUUGUCCAUACACUUGCUUCUUUUCCUAUAGGUAAAUGUAUAAUAAAUAGGAACCUGACCUUUAUCUCCUUUCAGCUGUUUCAAAGAGGUGCAGGGUACCUAUGUCUUGGAAUCAGAAUUUCUUCUAAUUUAUUCAUUGAUUUCUCAAUCAAGUAUGAAUUGAUCUGAAAGAUCCUAAUCCCAGAGAAAUCAUCUAGUCCAACUCUUUCAUUUAAAGGUCCAGAGAGGCAAGCAAAUUGUCUAAGCUCAUAUAUUGAGUCAGUAGCAGAAGGGACCUAGAACUCUGACCUGAAUUCUAAGCCAAGGCUCCCAUGCUGCCUCAUUUGUCUUCAAGCCCUAACAGGAAGGCAAAGAGGAGAGAAUGUGUUAAAAAAAAAAAAAAAAAGCAGAGUAGGGGAAGAAUAUGAGAAUAUGCUUUGGAGAUGGAUGCUAGGAUGAUCUGAGUAGCCUUCCCUCCUGUGUGCCAAGCCCACUAAAAGUUCCCUGGCCCCAAACUGUCACAUUUAGGCCCUCAUCUUGGUGCCUAAAAACUGAGGGUACAAAGAUGAAUGAAAUGGUCUCUCACUGUGAACUUCUUGGAGAAGAGGAAGGGAAAGGAACCACAGAAAGAGGAAUAUUAAUCCCUUUCUGAGAUGGAAUUGAAGGCUUCAAUAAAUAAUCUGGGUAUUGUUGUCAGACAUUGAUUAUCCCCAAGAUUCAGUCAGUAUUUCUGUCUUGUCUGCUAUAUGUUUGCAAAGGACUCAAGUAGCUGCAAACAAGGGUAUGCAAAGGAGAUGAAAAACCCCAGAGCAUGGCCAGAAUAGAAGGGAGUAGACUGGGUUGAAUCAAUUGGUGGGGAGGCCUACCUGGGGAAACUUUCUGGGAUAGAAGCAGGGAAUGAAACUUCCAGGCAGGGAAUUGAGGGUUGGGAAACUCUUUUGCUCUGUCCUGUACACAGGAAAGAGGCAGGGAAGGAGCUGAUAGUGUUAAGGACAACCUUUUAUAACUGACUCCUCUUAAAAGGUCAGGUGUUUGUUGGGGUGUCGGCUUAGACACACAAGUAUCUGUAACGGAAUUUCCCCUUCAGUUCAGUCAUAGAAGUGCUUGAAGAAGUCAUAAAAAUACCUAGCUGUGGACAUCCCUUUAAGAUAUUCCCAAGUCUACCCUUGGUUCAUAGCAGUAGUUUUCAGAAUGUUGAAUGGAUCCUACUUUGAACCUUGCCAAGUGGCACCAGCUAUCUUGUCUGAUGUUCAAACUGCUACCAAAUAACUCUUUGGAACUCUGAAUGAUUUUGGCCUCACAGAAGCUCCCUGAAUAUUAGGAACUUGGUGACCCCCAUUUGACCAACUAGGUAGCGUUACUGCAGUUAGUUGUCACUGGGUCAUUCCCUAGGUCCCUUUCUUAUCAGUCUCUACAAAGGAAGGUCGAUGGAAAACUAAGCACAGCCAUGGUUGAGAAGCUACAUAUGAAGCUCAGCAUGGGUGAUCCCAGGGUUACCAACCUUCAGCACUCACUCCAGCAUCACCCCAUUCUCUUACCUAGGAGGGACUGGUACCUUUCCAUUGAGGCCUCGCCAUGCUCUUCCCCGAGCUAUCAUGGCAAUACUUUGGCCUGCUUCUUAUCCUAGGACUGAAUUGAAAUACUUCACCCAUUACUUCCCUACUUAAAAGUUCCACUCUGAGCCUUGACUUUUGGCCACAGUGAGGCAUGUUGAAGGUUCCUUCUGGUUUAUCCUUUUUUGGAUUCCCUGUGGACCACGUGAGGCCAGGAACUCUCAGAUUCUAGAAAGACACAACUGCCCUUUGAGUUCAGGAUUAUAUGACCCAGAGGAUAAUUGGAUAGCCUUUAGUGAUCCUUCUGGCCUCUGAAAAUCAGUCAGUGAUUUUCCAGUUUUGGAAUAGAAAUAGUUGGGGUGAACUGAGUUUAGGAUAUCAUAAUCUCCAUGCAGUCAAAUCAUUUGAAUUCUCUAAACAAAUAAUUGUGUUUUAAACCCCAGGCUUAAUGGAGGCUCCUAAAAAUGUCUAAAGACAAUUAUGAGAAGUCUUGAGUUUCAUUAACCUCCUUUAAGUGCUACCAAGUUAAUUACUCUGAUGGACUAUAUCUCCUUGAUGUUCAAGAGGGACCAUUGGGUCUACUUUUCGGGGGCUAGCAAGGUAAGAAGGUGAGGUCAGUUUUUCCUAGAUCCUAGAAAAUUCUGGUACCUCAGAUUAAGGGUGUGGGAGAAAGGGUAUCUACCCAGGUCAUAGUUCUUAGGUAGUAGCAAGAAGUACUAAUACUAAAUCUUCCUUAUUAGAUGUCCAUCUCAAAUACAGGGAGUUUGAAAAAUAUUUUGUCAUUUGGUAUUUCUAUGCCUGAAUCAUUUGAGAAAUGAAUGUUUUCUGAAUUUUCUAUUUCCUUAUCCUGCAUACACAGACCCUACCUGGUACAAUUUUCUAUUUCUUAGCUCAAAAUGUCUAUAGAAAGGAUUGCCUGGUAUGUCAGCUGCCCUCACUCUUGUGUAAUAGAAAUAACUUUCCAGGCUGGGAACAUGGAGAAGAGGAACUGGAUUCCUUGCUCCUUCUGUUGCCAGGCCUCUCUGCAUUGGCACUUUAUCUAUUCAGUGUUUCUGGCUAUGUUGGGUUUAUUUGUGAGACUGAUGUAACAAUAAAGUGAAAUCUUCCCCUCUG